AAGCUAAAUGGAUUUGGUUGUUGUUAUGACAGAGCGAAGUAUCCCCGGUGUAUUUAUUGGCUUGUUGUUAAUAAUGAUUUCAUGCUGAUAUUAUCAAUGCGUUUUAUUUAAUUAAUUUGACAAUUGUAUUUUAAAACCGUAUUUUUACAACUGUAACGUUAGCUAAUUAAUUGCUUAGUAUACCUGUGUCACAUUCUGUCAAGUUCAGUUUUCUAGCUAACAUGUUACAGUAGAUGCCACGAAUGACGCGGACAUUCACAUUUUCCUGGAAGAGUAGGAACGGGUUUCAGAAAAACAUUUGAUUGAACAUAAUGGAUUGCACGGCACUGGAGCACGAUGCAGUUAAAUUUGCUAAAACUGCUGUCAUCUCUGACCAGAAUGGAAAAUACAACGAUGCUGUCUUCUAUUAUAAGGAGGCGGCACAGGCCUUGAUCUACGCGGGCAUGGCGGGGUCUAAACUGGAGGGCAUCCAGGAUAAAGUCAACGAGUACCUGGACCGGGUUCAGGCCCUGCACAAUGCUGUUCAAGCCCAAAGCAGUGACCCUCUAAAGAGCAAGCAACAAGUUGAUCUGGAGCGUGCCCACUUCCUAGUCACCCAGGCUUUUGAGGAGGAUGAGAAGGGCAACGGGGACGAGGCCAUAGAACUCUACACACAGGCUGUUGAACUCUGCAUUCAGACGUCUAAUGACACCACAGAUCAGGGACUACAGGCCAAACUGAAGCAGCUGGCUCGUCAGGCACUUGAUAGGGCAGAGGGGCUAAAGGAGUCCCAGUCCUCCAGGCCCUCAACUCAGUCACCCCAGGACAGGCAAGGGCCUUCGGGGGGAAAACCCAGUGGCAACGUGGAACCCGGGCCAGUCAGACAGUUCUUCCCCCUGGGGCCUGAUUUCUCCCUCCAGGACCGUCCGCAGCCAGUCAGGUCGGUCCAGUCCAGUGAGCCACAGGGCCAACGAUAUACCCCAGAGGAGAUCGAGGUGCUCAGGAGCACAUCCAAGAUCAAUAGCAUAGCCUUUGUCCCCUUCAUGAGUGUAGACCUGAAGGAGAGAUUUGCCUUCCCUGUUCCAUUCUCGGACAAACUAGGCAAGCUGGCCCUGUCUCCCAAGCAGAAAGCCCUUUUCUCCCGUUGGGUUCGCCCUGACGAGAUCUGCAAUAACCCCACCAUGAUCUUGUCUGUGUCCAGCUUCAGCAUCAAACAGACGGUGGUGUCUGACUGCUCGUUCGUGGCGUCUUUAGCCAUCAGCGCCGCCUAUGAGAGGCGCUACAACAAGAAGCUCAUCACCAGCAUCAUCUACCCCCAGAACCGGCGUGGGGAGCCAGAGUAUAACCCCUGUGGGAAGUACAUGGUGAAGCUUCACAUCAACGGGGUGCCCCGGAAGGUGAUCAUCGAUGACUUCCUUCCAUGUGGUCAGAAUGGUGAGCUGCUGUGUUCCUACUCGAGCAAUAGAAACGAGCUGUGGGUCUCCCUCAUAGAGAAGGCCUACAUGAAGGUCAUGGGAGGCUACGACUUCCCUGGAUCCAACUCGAACAUCGAUCUUCACGCACUCACUGGUUGGAUCCCGGAGCGUAUUGCCAUGCAUUCAGACAACCAGUCAUUCAAGAAAGACGACACAUUUCGCAUGCUUUACCAGAGGUUUCACCGGGGUGACGUCCUCAUCACCACAGCCACGGGGGUGAUGACAGAAGAGGAGGGUGAGCGGUGGGGCCUGGUGCCAACCCAUGCCUAUGCUGUCCUGGAUGUCCGGGAGCACAAAGGGAACCGGUUUCUCCAGCUGAAGAAUCCCUGGAGCCACCUGAGAUGGAAAGGCCGCUUCAGUGAGAGGGACGAGAAGAACUGGACCCCAGAACUCCUCAAAUACCUCAACUUUGACCCAAAGACUGCCCAGAAGUUUGAUAACGGUGUGUUCUGGAUCUCCUUUGAGGACCUGUGCCAGUAUUAUGAUGUCAUAUACCUGAGUUGGAACCCUGCCCUGUUCAAAGAGUCUUCCUGUAUUCACAGCAGCUGGGAUGGGAAGCAGGGCCCUGUAAAGGAUGCCUACAGUCUGGCCAACAACCCUCAGUACCGCCUGGAGGUGACCUGUCCUGCAGGGGGCGCUGCUGUCUGGGUGCUGCUCACCAGACACAUCACUGAUAAGGAUGACUUUGCACAAAAUCGUGAGUUCAUCACCCUGGUGGUUUACAAAACCGACGGAAAGAAGGUUUACUACCCUGCGGAUCCUCCCCCAUACAUGGACGGUAUCCGUAUCAACAGCCCUCAUUACCUGACCAAGAUGAAACUGACCACAGCUGGAACACACACCUUCACACUGGUGGUGUCACAGUAUGAGAAGCAGAACACCAUCAACUACACCCUGAGGGUGUACACGGGGUGCAAGUUCUCCUUCUCCAAGAUCCCGACUCCUUUUACUCACACCAAACGGAUCAAUGGCCAGUGGAAGGGGCCAAGUGCAGGGGGGUGUGGGAACUACAAGGACUCUUACCUGCACAACCCCAUCUACCAGUUUAACCUGGAACGUCCAGGACCUUUGCUCAUAGAGCUACGAGGCUCCAGACAGUAUAGUGUGGGCUUUGAAAUGGUGACUGUGUCCAUGGUUGGAGAGCCCGGAGCUGCAGGCUUCUCCAAGAAGAACAGUGGAGACUACAGGUGUGGGUUCUGCUACAUGGAGGUGGACCAUGUCCCUGCCGGCAUCUACAACGUCAUCCCAACCACCUUCCUGCCCAAACAGGAAGGACCCUUCUUCCUGGACUUCAGCAGCGCCACACCCCUAAAGGUCUCUCAUCUCCAGUGAGGAGAGGAGGUGUCGACACCAGGAGUGACUUGCUCACAUGGACACUCACUGUCCCCUCAACACACACCUAAACUCUGUCUGGAACUCAUGACGACCAAACUACCCUAGGAGACUGAUGUGGUUUAACAGAGAGCCGACCCUUUCUAUUGUCCUUGUUGACUCCUGUUGGAAUGUCAAAUGACUGGAUGGAUGUUGGCGGUGUCAUAUUACUAUACCACCCGUUAUUAGCAUAUUGCCAUCACCUAGCCCGCAUGUAUAAGAUCUGCAGGAAGUGUAUCAAGGGUAUUUGGGAAGGGACUGUUUUUGGUAUGACUGUCAGCACUGAUAAUGGAGGGGCUUCCUUUGCCAUAUUGCCAUAAUGUUUUUUAUAAAUCAUAUGGUCACAACAACCAUUCACUGUCCUCUGUAUAUAACCUUAAAUGAAUGUUCACAUGAAUGUUGAAUGUUCGAUUACUUGACCGCCAGUACUGAAAGAGGCGGUGCUGUUAUUUACCGAGAACAGAGGGUGACAUUCUAGACCGCAACCGAAACCUCUGCAGGCUUUUCCUCAGGAGAAAGCAACAUGGCUGGGAUUUCUGUGUUGCUGCACAGGAACGAAGAUGUCGUUGUUUUGUCGGUACAACUGAUUGCGUUCUAAGGGCUAAUCUCUGGCACAAAGGAGGUGUGACGGGAAUGGAGAAAGUGUGCGUGUGCUUGUGUUUGAAGAACACCUACUCACUUGGAAAAGGAUUUUGAAACGUAAUGCCAAUCCCCCAACUCCUGUUUAUUCUCCUGGCUGGACUUGAGUCCUUCACAGCUGUUUCUCCUGCUCUGUGUUGAACAGAAAAGACUGUUGGGUGUUUGGUGUUUUUUAAAACCAUUUCUGUAAAGUUUCAAGGCUUUACAGUGUACGUUCCUUCAAUAAGCCAAUUCCUCUGUUCUCAAACAGUAAAUUCAAUUUUAGUACCGGAUGGUCUUGCAAGAAUAGAUGACACCAAAGUACUGUGUUAAAUUUGUUUGAAUUAGCAGUUAGGUGUUAACUGUUUUACGCAAAGAAAUACAGUAUGGCCAAGCACUUCUGAUCUUUAUUUUGAAUUAUGGUUUUGUUCCCUCUUUAAUAACUUUAAAAAAGCAACAGUUGCUUCUGUUACAUGCAAUAGUACAAUCAUGUCGUGGUCUGGUAUGAUCAUGCAGAACUUGCACUUAAUGUGGAAUGAUGUAUUUAAAUAUGGCAUUGAAGGAAA